AUGUUGCCGAAGUUGGGUACGGAGAAUUUUAAGCGGCUUGCGACGAAGCUCGUGUUUCUACGGCAAGGCCAGGAUUCUCGGAAAAAAUCCAGCUCCGUGGAGCCAAUUGCGAGAACCCUUCCGUCCGGGAUGGCCUCUUCGAGCCAGGACGACAAAAUCGACGAACUAUGCGCGAAACAACGCAAUACGGUGGACUGGUCUUUCGAGGAAGCCCUCGCGGUCGAGGAUUCCGCUGGUCCAAGUCACCCAAAAGCGGCUCAAAAAUUAAGAGUAAAGAAGAUGGCCAAAUGUCCGUCGGAAUUCCCAGCAAUUGAGAAACAGCUCUUUCUUCAACCAAAUGAAACUGUUACUGACCACGGAGAAAAAUUCCCGUACUCCUGUUCAACUAAAGAUGGAGGCAAAACAAAUAUAUAUGUGGUUGAAUUUGACGAGUAA